AUGUUUUGUUCUGGAAUUUCAUUAUGUGAGGACCUUAUCAUAGACUGCGUGUUUGAACACGAGUUCUAUACGGGCCAUGAGUGCUGCGGGAAACACUUCUCUACUGUGCUCGGUACAUUGGGGCUAACCUUUGAGAUAUCGAGGAAGAUUCUGCAGAACAGAGAGGCGGUGUCAGCUGGGAUUGGCAUGAACUUUCGAGUUCCUUUGCAACAGCUUUCUCUUGACUGGGAUUACAUGAACAACCGAGCUACGGUGCUACACGGUGGACUGCGGAUCCACAUUCUGUCUGACGACAAAGGUUAUGACUCAGAAGUGUCCUCUCUGGUGCCUGUGGCGUCUGGAGAGCGAACCAUGGUGGCCGUUACUUACAUCAAACAUGACAACACGGGCCUGCAUCAGAGCAUCGUGCCGUGGUGGGACAGCUCGCUGUCGUGCACCCCCAGCCACGCGCCGUACGAAGAGCGCGCCGUCGUUGGUCAGAAAGGCGUCGACGAAAGUCGACGAAACACCUGCAACGAAGGAGCCAAUGUUACGGAAGUCAGCAGAUUGUUCCAGGUUCUGGUGGAGGCGAUCGUGAACGCUCUGUCACCGACCGUAGAAAGGCGUGUAGAUGGUAUGACGAGAUCCGCUGUUGACGCCGAACGCAAUCGUCUCCUAGAAGGCAGAUACGACACGCGCUGCAGACAUUCCGUGAGAAAAGGAGGCGCCAGACCGAACGAGUGCCACCACGAGGGCCUCGAGGACCGGCCUCGAACGACAGCGGCUGAUGAUAAGUACUCGUCGUAG